UUCAUUCACGUGCUGAACCGGGGACUGCCUCACUUAUGAAACAACUCUUGACUGGAACCCGGAUUUAUCUUCAUUGCUUAAUCCGUUAGUUGUUGGCCUUGUUUUAUUGAUUGAGAUAGAAGCUAAGAAGGGUAUCUUCUUUUUUUGUUGGAUUUGAUUCCCCCCACCCAUCUGUAUUUGUGGGUCAGCCUGCAUGUGUGUGUGAGAGAAGAGCAGCAGGAUGAUUGCAGCUCAACUACUAGCCUACUACUUCACUGAACUGAAGGAUGACCAGGUUAAAAAGAUUGACAAGUACUUGUACUUCAUGCGCUUCUCCGAUGAGACGCUGGUGGACAUCAUGCAGCGGUUCCGCAUGGAGCUCGUCAAAGGACUGGGACGCGACACCAACGCCACGGCGUCUCUAAAGAUGUUGCCAACAUUUGUGCGCUCUAUCCCCGACGGCUCAGAGAAAGGAGACUUUAUCGCAUUGGAUUUGGGAGGAAGUGCCUUCAGGAUUCUUCGUGUCCGAGUGAGUCACGAGAAAAAGCAGACGGUUCAGAUGGAGAGCCAAAUCUACGAGACGCCAGAGGACAUCAUACACGGCAGUGGGACGAGGCUGUUCGACCAUGUGGCCGAGUGUCUGGGUGACUUCAUGGAAAAACACGACAUUAAAGACAAGAAACUGCCAGUUGGCUGGACCUUCUCCUUCCCUUGUCAACAAACCAAACUUGACGAGAGUACUCUGAUCACGUGGACGAAGCGCUUCAAGGCGAGCGGGGUGGAGGGCAUGGAUGUCGUGAAGCUGCUUAACAAUGCCAUCAAGCUACGAGGUGACUACGAAGCUGACAUCAUGGCUGUGGUUAACGACACCGUGGGAACUAUGAUGACAUGCGGCUUUGACGAUCAACGCUGUGAAGUUGGAAUUAUCAUCGGAACCGGUACCAACGCCUGCUACAUGGAGGAGCUGCGCCACAUCGACCUGGUGGAGGGCGAUGAAGGCAGGAUGUGUGUGAACACUGAGUGGGGGGCUUUCGGAGACGACGGCCGCCUGGAGGACAUCAGGACAGAGUUUGACCGAGAAAUUGACCGAGGCUCUCUCAACCCUGGCAAACAGCUAUUUGAGAAGAUGGUGAGCGGGCUGUACAUGGGUGAGCUGGUUCGUCUUAUUCUGGUCAAGAUGGCCCGAGAGGGUCUGCUGUUUGAGGGAAGGAUCACGGCUGAGCUGCUAACCAAAGGGAAAAUCGAGACCAAGCAUGUUUCUGCCAUUGAGAAGAGUAAGGAGGGAUUAACCAAGGCCAAGGAGAUUUUAAACAGACUUGGUGUGGAGCCCUCAGCUGAGGACUGCAUCGCUGUUCAACAUGUCUGUACUAUUGUGUCUUUCCGCUCUGCCAACCUGGUAGCGGCGGUGCUAGCGGGCAUCCUCAAGAAGCUCAAAGAAAACAAAGGUGUGGCCCGACUCCGCACUACUGUUGGCAUUGACGGAUCUCUCUACAAGAUGCACCCACAGUAUGCCCGACGUCUUCAUAAGGCGGUCCGCCGCCUCGUCCCCGACUCUGAUGUGCGGUUCCUCCUGUCAGAGAGCGGCAGUGGAAAAGGAGCCGCCAUGGUGACGGCUGUGGCCUACAGACUCGCUGAGCAAUCUCGACAAACUGCAAAAACUCUGUCAGAGUUCCGCCUGACGACUGAACAACUGUUAGAGGUAAAGAGGCGAAUGAGGACUGAGAUCCAAAAUGGCCUUUCCAAGGAAACGCAUGCGUCUGCCACUGUCAAAAUGUUGCCAACCUUUGUAUGCAGUGUUCCUGAUGGCUCAGAAAACGGUGACUUCCUAGCUUUGGAUUUAGGAGGAACCAACUUUCGAGUUCUGAUGGUGAAGAUUCGCUCUGGGAAAAAGAGAACUGUGGAGAUGCACAACAAGAUCUAUGCCAUUCCUCUUGAAGUCAUGCAGGGUACGGGAGAGGAGCUGUUUGAUCACAUUGUUCAUUGUAUAAGCGACUUCCUGGACUACAUGGGGAUGAAGAACGCUCGUCUUCCUCUGGGCUUCACCUUCUCCUUCCCCUGCUUGCAGACCAGCCUGGAUGCUGGCAUCCUGGUGACAUGGACCAAAGGGUUUAAGGCGACAGACUGUGAAGGAGAAGAUGUGGUGGGGCUUCUGAGGGAGGCCAUUAAGAGGCGAGAGGAGUUUGAACUGGAUGUUGUGGCUGUAGUCAACGACACUGUGGGAACCAUGAUGACCUGUGCCUACGAGGAGCCCACCUGCGAGAUCGGACUCAUCGCCGGCACCGGCAGUAAUGCGUGUUACAUGGAGGAGAUGAGGAACAUUGAGAUGGUGGAUGGUGAUAUAGGCCGCAUGUGUGUCAAUAUGGAGUGGGGUGCGUUUGGCGAUAAUGGAUGCCUAGAUGACUUCAGGACGGAGUAUGACCGCAUUGUGGAUGAUUUUUCCCUUCACCCAGGCAAACAGAGAUACGAGAAAAUGUGUAGCGGCAUGUACCUUGGUGAAAUAGUGCGGAACAUACUAAUAGAUUUGACCAAGAGAGGCUAUCUCUUCAGAGGUCAGAUUUCGGAGACGCUGAAGACCAGAAGCAUCUUUGAAACCAAGUUCCUCUCUCAGAUUGAGAGCGACAGACUGGCUUUACUUCAAGUGAGGUCCAUCUUACAACACCUAGGGCUGGACAGCACUUGUGAUGACAGUAUCAUUGUCAAAGAGGUGUGUGGAGUGGUGUCGCACCGUGCUGCUCAGCUCUGUGGGGCCGGGAUGGCAGCUGUGGUUGAUAAGAUCAGAGAAAACCGAGGACUGGAUCAUUUGAACAUCACCGUCGGGGUGGAUGGGACUCUCUACAAACUGCAUCCACACUUCUCCCACGUCAUGCACCAGACGGUCAAGGAGCUGGCUCCUCAGUGUAACGUCAACUUCCUGUUGUCGGAGGAUGGCAGCGGCAAAGGAGCGGCGCUCAUCACGGCGGUGGGUGUGCGAGUGAGACAAGAGCUGAACAAGUGAGGAUUUGUGGGAGUUCCACAUGGCGCCUUCCUGCGCUGUCUUCACUUCUGUCUUCCCCCCGACCAAAGCAGAACAGGCAGCGCUCCAUUACAGUAGCUGCUUUAGCCGGCAGAAAGAAGUUGUCUUAAAGUAGCACAAAUCUCCUUAUGAGUACAAAAUGAUAAAAAAAAAGCUUUACACAUAUUUACUUUGAUGGUGUCAGCACUCUUGUGGUGUGUAUUGUUGCCACCUUGAAAAAUCACUUAGUAACUGUAGGCUAUCACACUUCAAAGAAUGUCAAAAUAUUUCUCCAUCUUUCCUAGCUGCAAAGGUUUUGUACUAAAAUCCCCACGACGUACCAACAGAAGACGUAAAUAUGGUAUGAAGUGAAACUAAUAAUACACAAAUGUGAAAGGGAAUAUUUUUGCUUUUAAGGUUUUAUCCAGAUAUACAACUAAUUAUAUUUUACAUAUAAUUGUUAUUUAUUUUAUUUUUGUAUCAUGAGGUGAUGACAAUGUAACUGCUGCAAUCAAAAAGCUUAUUAAAUAAGGUGCCUCAGCCUGUACAAAUCCUUGAAGUAUGAACAUGGAAUGUCACCUGAAUAACAAUGAAUAUAUUCCCUUGUACUCUUACUGUAAAAUAUGUCCAAAGAGCUAUUUGUAUUUGAAUUAACCCCAGUGUGCUGCUGCUAUCUGCAAUCCCUUUCUUAGCACAGUGACAUGAAUGAAAGAAAAGCGUGUAUGAGGUGCGAUUACGAAUGCCAGUGGAACACCAGUGGUGACCAUCUGUAGGAGAACUUUACUCUUCAAUCAGACGUAAAGUAUUAUGUCUUUUCUCACCUCUUCUUUGAUUAAUGCUCCGAAAAAGCUCAAUAAUCCUGCAAAUGUAUUUAUUACAGUCUUCCCUUGUUUAUUGGGGCGUUUAUUACAACCUUCUAAAUAGGUUUUUAAUAAUAUAAUUAGUGUUUUAACAUGACAUAACACUCAUUUCAGUCGAUAUAGUAGCCUUGAGUGUGUGUUACAGUACUUUUGAUAGCCCGGAGGAUCCUGGCCAUCACCGGGCCACUACAACACAGCCACGAUGUGGAAAUAACUCGUCACAUCAUGGGUCAUUCCUCUUAAGUUAGAACCGGGCUUCCGUGUGCUGAAACCAUUGGCGUAAAUUGUUUUUCAAAAAAACUACCAUUAGACCUGUUGUUAGCAUUUUAGCACUCCGUGUUGUUAGCAUUGUGUGUCCUGGGUUUACAUUCCACUUCGCUCACAAGGCUCCUCUACAGUGGACACUUUUAUAUCAGUUUGGAAAAAUACUGUUUUGUUUUUUUUUACCAUAAAAAUUCUGGACUAUAAGCCAAUAUUUAUUUUCAACGGUUUGAACUAGGGAUGUCCGAUAUAGGCUUUUUGCUGAUAUCCGAUAUUCCGAUAUUGUCCAACUCUUAAUUACCGAUACCGAUAUCAACCGAUACCGAUAUAUACAGUCGUGGAAUUAACACAUUAUUAUGCCUAAUUUGGACAACCAGGUAUGGUGAAGAUAAGGUCCUUUUUUUAAAAAAUUAAUAAAAUAAGAUGAAUAAAUUAAAAACAUUUUCUUGAAUAAAAAAGAAAGUAAAACAAUAUAAAAACAGUUACAUAGAAACUAGUAAUUAAUGAAAAUUAGUCAAAUUAACUGUUAAAGGUUAGUACUAUUAGUGGACCAGCAGCACGCACAAUCAUGUGUGCUUACGGACUGUAUCCCUUGCAGACUGUAUUGAUAUAUAUUGAUAUAUAAUGUAGGAACCAGAAUAUUAAUAACAGAAAGAAACAACCCUUUUGUGUGAAUGAGUGUAAUGGGGGAGGAAGGUUUUUUGGGUUGGUGCACUAAUUGUAAGUGUAUCUUGUGUUUUUUAUGUUGAUUUAAUAAAAAAAAAAAUUUAAUAAAAAAAACCCCGAUACCGAUAAUUAAAAAACCAAUACUGAUAAUUUCCGAUAUUACAUUUUAAAGCAUUUAUCGGCCGAUAAUAUUGGCAGGCCGAUAUUUUCGGACAUCUCUAGUUUGAACACUCUGUUAGCAAUAAGGGCCGAGUACCAUCGAGUCCUGCUCCGUCCCGCUGUUGUCUUUUAUAACCGCUCGCGUCAAAGGCUCACCAAUGUGGCGAUGUGUUAUUGAUGAGGCAGGAGUAUUAAAAAGCGGUUUUGCCAAAAGUUGGUCAGCUUGAUUGUUGCGGUAAAAUUGGCACCGAUUUACCGCCUCUUUUUGUCAUCCUUAACCUGGAAAUGUAAGUUUUUUUUAUUGCCAUAAUUUGACCAAUAGAGCACUGUAAUACAUAUAAUACUUAACAAGUAUUUUAGACCCAAAAUAUGUAGAAUAUUCUUAAAAAACGUGUAUCUGCAAUGUAGUGAAGCUGUAAUGUUAGAAGCGCGAUGUGGCGAGGGACGACUGUAUAGUCUAUUACUUCUUAUUUUAGCUUGUGGUGUCCCUCAGGGUUGCAUCUUUGGACCGUGACUAUUUUGAAGGCAUUUCAACAUUCGCAAAAGUACAUGAACAUGUUAGCCAAUCAACUUGCACUUUCCGACCCUUAAAGGUCUCAAAAACGGCUAAAGACUUGUUUUGCAACUCCGAUGACAUUUUGGGAGAAAUAUGUGCAGUACAGAAUUAUGCAUCCACCCAUUCAUUUUCUACCGCUUUUCCCUCUGUGAGUCGCGGGGGGUGCUGGAGCCUAUCCCUGCUGCACUCGGAGUACAGGAUUAGACGUUUUUAAAGCUGAUCGUGUCAUACGGGAUUCUUUGACAGAAAUGUGGACAGGAGAAGCUGAAACCAAUAAGAUCUUCAAUGAUUGGCAGAUUUGUUUCCCAUCAAUAAUCACUUCUUCUGUAAGUCACUUGAAUCUGUCCAACACUGUCAUUAACAAAAUAAAGUCAUGUCACAAUAA